AUGGGUUCAACCAGCAAAGACAUGAAGGCGCAAGCCAUCUUCCCUGGUAAUACUGCUAUGUUUAUGAGAUUCCCGAGCAGAAGAAGCGUGGUCCACAGCACACAGGGAAUGGUGGCAUGCUCACAGCCGUUGGCGGCGGAGGCAGGGCAAAGAAUUUUGAAGAUGGGAGGGAAUGCCGCUGAUGCAGCCGUCGCAGUCGCUGCUGCGCUCAACAUGACGGAGCCCACCUCGACCGGUAUCGGAGGAGACAUGUUCUGCCUUUUCUUCGACGCAAAGACAAAGAAGGUUCAUGCUCUCAACGGCUCAGGGCGCAGCCCGAAAAAUACCACCCUCGAACAAGUGAGGAAAGAGCUGGGUUUGUCCUCGUCGCAGAAUGGCAAGAUUCCCGUCCUCAGUGCGCUGUCCGUCACCGUUCCUGGGGCGCCUGGAGGAUGGGUUGAUGCAAUUGAGAAGUUCGGGAGCGGAAAAUUGAGCUUGGAGCAGAUCCUGACUCCGGCAAUCGAGCUGGGAGAAAAUGGCUUUCCCGUCAGCGAGCUGUCGGCCAUGUGGUGGCACGAAGGUGAAGAAGAUCUUAGGCGUGCGUCCCCGAACUACCGCGAGAUGCUCAAAAGAGACAAGCACUCGGAAGAUUUCGUUCGGGCUCCUCGGGCUGGCGAGAUCAUGAGGAAUCCAAACCUUGCAAAGACGUUCAGAGCCUUGGCUACAGAAGGGAAGAAAGGGUUUUAUACUGGGAGAAUCGCUCAGGCCAUUGUCGACGUCUUGAAGUCUUCAGGAGGACACAUGGAACUGUCAGACCUGGAGGACCACAUGAACCGAGGGCCCCAAGAGACCGAACCUAUCUCGCUGAGAUUCAACGCUCAGAAUGUCAAGAAGAUGGGACCUCAAAGAGUGACGAAUGGUUCACCCGACGACCAUUUUGUCGAACUGUGGGAGCACCCGCCCAACGGACAGGGAAUCGUUGCUCUUAUGGCGCUCGGCAUCCUGGAAGAGCUCGAGCGGACGAGGCAGAUUCCCACGUUUGCGCAGGAGGACCACAACAGUGCUGCACACUUGCAUGCCGUGAUUGAGGCACUUCGAAUAGCGUUUGCUGACGCUCGAUGGUGGGUAACGGACCCAGAAUUCAUGCCGAUAAAGUCAGCAGACAUGAUCUCGCGACCAUACCUAGCCGAACGGGCCAAGCUGUUCAACCAAGACAAGGCUGGUAUUUACAGCAAUGGACAGCCCGGACCCAGCCCAGCCCAGAAUCAUAGCGACACCGUGUAUUUCGCCGUAGCGGACAAGGAAGGCAAUGGCAUGAGCUUCAUCAACUCCAAUUACGAAGGGUUUGGAUCUUCCAUCAUCCCCCAGGGCUGCGGGUUUACCCUCCAAAAUCGAGGGUCGAACUUUGAUCUUGGCCCACCAGAGCAUCCAAAUAUCUACCAGGGCGGAAAGAGGCCUUACCACACAAUCAUUCCAGGGAUGAUCACCCAUGGAAAAGAGGAAGAACGAGAACUGCACUCGGUAUACGGCGUGAUGGGCGGCUUUAUGCAGCCGCAAGGCCACCUCCAAGUGCUUCUCAAUAUGGAAGUCUUUGGCAUGAAUCCGCAACAAGCCCUGGACGCCCCUCGAAUCUGCAUUGAAGCUAGCGUGCCCAAGGAAGGUGAUACACACGCAGGAACCGUCUACCUAGAAGAAGGCAUUGAUGAGGCAGUGGUCAAGACAUUGAAGAAGAUGGGGCACGAUGUCGUGGUUCUUCAGGGAUUCCACCGAGCCAAAUUCGGUCGAGGACAGAUUAUUCGGAGACAUGUUGACGAGGACACCGGUCUGGUGGUGUAUAGUGGUGGAAGUGACCCGAGAGGUGAUGGAUGUGCCUUGCCAGGGUAA